AUGAAUUGCACUUAUCACAUACAAAAUCCAAUCAUUUUAAUAUGUAUAGCUCCACAUAAGUGCCAAUGCUAAAGAAAACUAUGUGUCGAAUGUCUCUAUGAUCAUGGAGUGGAUAUAUAAAAACAUACAACUCCAAUUAAAAAAUUUCGAGAUAUGGCUCUAAAGAAAAUGAAAGACUCCAAGCUUGAUGAUAACCAAGAGUUAACCAAAUAGAGAGUGGCCUUUAAAGCCUUGCUCACUCAAACCGAAUAAAUGAUGAAGAAAAUUUUGGAUGAGUUGUCACAAUCAAUCAAAUAAGUAUACGAUUAGAUUGAAAAGGUAAACUAAUCAUUCCUUAAUCUCAUCAAUGAAAAUACAAAUCUAGCUGGAUCCUCCUACACAGAUAUUGAAAAAUUAGUCAACAUUGUAGAAGGAACAACUGUAAUUGAUUGGAGCGCUUCGAAGAAUUCUUAUAUGAUAGAAGUAGAUAAAACCAUGAAUUGGUGGGACCAACAAAUAAAAGCUUUUAUUGAAAAGUCAAAAGAAGAAAUCCAAUGGGUUCAAUCAUUAAUAAAGUAAUAUUUAAAAUAAUUUACAAGUGAAGAAGAAGAUUAUUAAAUGAAAGAUGAUCUUUUUGAAAUGCUAACUUUCAUCCAACAAAUAGAUGAUUCUCUCUAUGAAAAAAUUCUUGAAAUACUUAAAAGAGAAAAAGUUUCAGACAUUCUUGGAUUCCUUUCAAAGUCAAACCAUCAAAAUUUCUAUUAAUCUUUAAUCAACUAGCAAUUGAAUAUAAAGGAAGUCAAGAAGUAAAUAACAAAAAUCUCAAAUGUAUUGAAAAAUAUUUAGGAUCAUAAAUUUAAUAAAGAUGAUUAUUCUUCAGAAAUUUAUGAAAAGGUAAGAUAAGAUCUAAUAAAAAGGAUGUAUGAUAAUAAGGGAAUCAUAAAUUUUUUCAGGUUUUUAGUUCUCAUUACCAGCAUAGAUGAUAAGUUUAUUCAAUGUGGAUCGAAUGGAUUAAGUUUAUUAGUAGGCUUGAAGACAGAUCUAAGGAAUCAAUCAUUUGAAAAUAUCAGGAUUAAGAAUACAUCUUUAAUUGGAGGUAAUUUUGCAAGAGGCAACUUAAGUGGAUCUGAAUUUGAUAAUGUUAAUAUCUGCGGAAUAAAUUUGAAUGGGGCUUAACUACUCAAUUGUAAAUGGAUGAACAUUUCAAUACAUGAAUUGUAUAAAUUAGAUGGUCAUGAUGGACCAGUUUCAUCAGUUUGUUUCUCUCCUGACAGAAAAACAUUAGCAUCUUGUAGUGGUAGUAUUUACGGAGGUGUUGAUAUGUCUAUCCGCUUAUGGGAUGUUAAAACAGGAUAAUAAAAAGCCAAAUUAGAUGGUCAUACUAAUGGAAUUUUAUUAGUUUGUUUCUCUCCUGAUGGAAAUACAUUAGCUUCUGGUAGUAGUGAUAAGUCUAUCCGUCUAUGGGAUGUCAAGACAGGAGAAUAAACAGCCUUAUUCGAUGGUCAUACUAGCACUGUCUACUCAGUCUGUUUUUCUCCUGAUGGAAAUACAUUAGUAUCUGGUAGUAAUGAUAAGUCUAUCCGUUUUUGGGAUGUCAAAACAGGAUAAUAAAAAGCCAAAUUAGAUGGUCAUAAUGGUUAUGUCUACUCAGUCUGCUUUUCUCCUGAUGGAAACACAUUAGCUUCUGGUAGUAAUGAUAUGUCUAUCCGUUUAUGGGAUGUCAACACAGGAUAUUAAAAAGCCAAAUUAGAUGGUCAUACUAGUUAUGUCUACUCAGUUUGUUUCUCUCUUGAUGGAAAUACAUUAGCUUCUGGUAGUAGUGAUAAGUCUAUCCGUCUUUGGGAUGUCAAAACAGGAUAAUAAAAAACCAAAUUCGAUGGUCAUUCUAAUGGAAUCUUAUCAGUCUGUUUCUCUCCUGAUGGAAAUACAUUAGCUUCUGGUAGUAGUGAUAAGUCUAUCCGUCUUUGGGAUGUCAAAACAGGAUAAUAAAAUACCUAAUUAGAGGGUCAUACUAGUUAUGUCUACUCAGUUUGUUUCUCUCCUGAUGGAAAUACAUUAGCUUCUGGUAGUAGUGAUAAGUCUAUCCGUCUUUGGGAUGUCAAAACAGGAUAAUAAUUAGAGGGUCAUACUAGUUAUGUCUACUCAGUUUGUUUCUCUCUUGAUGGAAAUACAUUAGCUUUGGGUAGUAGUGAUAAGUCUAUCCGUCUUUGGGAUAUCAAGACGGGAUAAUAAAAAGCCAAAUUAGAUGGUCAUUCUAAUUGGGUCUAGUCAGUCUGUUUCUCUCCUGAUGGAAAUACAUUAGCUUCUUGUACUAGUGAUGACUCUAUCCGUCUUUGGGAUGUUAAGAAAGGUAAAGAAAUUUCAUCCGCCAAAAAAAAAUAUAAGGAUCUUAUUGCAUAAUUUAAGAUUCCACUCCAAUAGCAUAGCCAUAUUACCGAAGGUACUGUUUAUGCCCUAUCAUAUUUUUAGCCUCCAAUUACAUCACUACCCUCCUAAUAUCAUAAUCCACAAUAUUCUAAGUAUAAGGAGCACUAGUUCUCAAAGGAGAAUUCAUUAAUUCUCAAGGCACUGAUUUGAGACCUUUAUUGAAAUCCAAAGGUAGCUGUAUUUUGGAAGAAUUUAAGUAAAAGUGA